AUGAGUAAACUGUUGUCAUUGUCCAUUCUAUUGUUACGCCCGAAUGGUUUACGUUACCGAGAUUCUCCUAUCCGCCGGCAGGUGCUCAUGCCACUGCUGCGUCAAAAUCAACCACGCUGCGCGUUCACUCUCACCGCAUUCAAGUCAAUAGAGACUGAUGAUGAUUCCACCGCCUAUUUCCUCUACGAGCCUCUCGAGGGAGUCGAAAGAAUAGAGAAUUAUCGACCAGGGGGCUACCACCCAAUGAAAAUCGGAGAACACUUUCACAGUCGAUAUCGAGUGGUUCAUAAGCUAGGAUAUGGGUCUUAUUCGACUACGUGGCUCGGCCGUGAUGAACAAUCCAAUAAAUACGUUGCGGUAAAAGUUUUCAUAGCAGACUCGAACCCAAAGGAGGUGGAUAUCUUAUGCACUCUCACUCGUCCUCAUUGUUCUCUAGUCAACAAUCCAGGAAAGGCGAUGGUCCCUUCGAUUCUAGAUAGUUUUACCAUUCGCGGCCCAAAUGGCAAUCACGUUUGCUACGUUACAGCGACGGCGAGGGCCAGCCUCUCCGGGCUGAAAGAUGGUUCGUGGAUCCGCGUGUUCCAGCCUGAUGUAGCCCGGUCAUUGGCUGCACAACUCGUUCUCGUUAUAGAUUAUGUGCAUGGCCAAGGAAUCGUCCAUGGAGACCUUCACCUCGGCAACAUUCUUCUAAAAGUUGCGCCCAGUUUCGACCAACUCUCACUCGAACAAUUAUAUGAGAAAUACGGAGUACCGCAGCUGGACCCGGUUGUCCAUCUAGAUAGCAAAUCGCUGCCUCCUGGUGUCCCAUCCCAUGGCAUUAUGCCCAUAUGGCUAGGUGAAGCAAGUGAGGAAACCACGCUUGCAGAAGCUCGAGUCCUACUUACAGACUUUGGUGAAGCCUUUUCGCCCUCAAAAGAACUGAAAUACGAAUCUCGCACCCUCCGAGGUAUCCGGCCCCCCGAGGCUCGUUUUGAACCAAAUAAGCCUCUUUCUUUUUCAUCGGACAUUUGGACUCUUGCCUGUACCAUAUGGUCUAUCAUCGCUCAACGGCCAUUAUUUGAAGAAUUUCUCGCGACAGAGGACGACAUGACCUGUGAACAUGUGGAUACUCUUGGUGUUUUGCCGCCUGAAUGGUGGAGAAGGUGGGAGGCGCGACAGCAUAAAUUUACCGAGGAUGGUAAGCCAAUAAACCGUAUAUAUUUCCGAUCUUGCGACGAUCGGUUUGAGGAUAGCGUUGAAAAGCCUAGGCGAGAGAAGGGGAUCCUAUCGUUUGAUGCAAGGGAAAGAGACGCUCUCUUCGACAUGUUACGACAGAUGCUCUUAUUCAGACCCGAGGAUCGUCCUACCACCAAGUAA